AUGGAGGUUCUCCCCCAAGAAAAAAGCAAUACACUGUGUGCUAUAUCAGAAGUGUUGCCUUAUCUUUAUGUGGCAAGCUAUAGAUGCAUUACUGAAUCUAAGCUUAAGCAGUUUCAAAUAACGCAUGUAAUUGACAUCAGUAAUAUCGGACUGAAUGAAAAGUUUCCUGGUAUUGAGUACAAAGUGUUCAACGUUGACGAUAACAACAUCGCUAACAUCUCGAAAUACUUCGAGGAGGCCUGUGAAUUCAUAGAUGCUGCCAGAGACAAGGGUGGAAAAACUGUGAUUUAUUGUGCUGCCGGUAUCAGUAGGAGUGCAACCUUAGCAAUAAUGUACCUCGUCAUUAAAGGAGGAAGGUCACUAAGAGACUCAUACUAUCACGUAAAUCAGGUCCGACCCAUAAUCUCUCCCAACAUUGGGUUCUGGAGACAAAUGAUUGAUUUCGAGAAGCAUAUGACUGGAAAAUCGACAGUCACGCUGAUUACCGGAAGAAUGCCGAGGCCUUUACCAGAUGUAUACCUGCAUCGAUCCGCUUCUCAGAACACAUGA